AUGUUUGAGGAACCACAGGCGAAAAGGAUCCGGCGCGAAGAUCUGCUCGACCAUGGAGGCUCUAGCGAUGGAGAGGAGGAUGCUCAAAUGACAGCGCAGCUGGAGGCGAAACUGGCGCAAUCGUUAGGGUUCGAUUUCACGCAGCCGCCACCCCUACAACCCUCACCUGCAAAGCAGCCACCAGCUCGCUUGGUACCGGCAACCCGGACAGAGGAUUCUGACAGCGAGCAUGAGGUUAUGGCCCAUGCCGUGGAAGAGAAACCCGCAGAAGAGGAGUACGACUUUUGCCUCUUUGGCGGUUCCAAUGCUGGCCCUACUAAAGUCAACAUUCACGAUGACAGUGAGCCUGAAGGUGAGGGCGGCUUUGAAGGUCUCAGACCAACAUACCUCACCCUCGCACGUCCGUCGGUGCAACAAAAAGAACGAUAUGGUGUAGCAGCCAUGUCGGGAGACCAAGUGCUUGCCCGCUCAUCGUGGCGCAACUGGUCCUCAGAGCUACCGUGGAAGGUCACACAUAUCACCAUCACCAGGAAGGGAACCACCAUUGUCCCGGAAGAAGACGAGAGUGAGAAGAAGAGGCGGCGGCCGGGAAAGAAACGAAGGAUACAGAUGAGGACCAAGGUCCGGCAGGAGGAGGAGCAGAAGAAGAGUAAGGCGAAGCUGCGAGAGGAGAAGGAGGAACAUCUCAAGGAGAAGAAGAAGCGCGCAAACAGGGCGAAGAAGCUGAGACGUAGGGCGCAGGCAAGAGAGAAGAAGAUCGCAGAGGGCGGUGAUCCCGGCGACGAGGGCGAUGUCUCGAGCGGGUCAGAGUGA